AUGAAGGGAUUCACAACCACCGCGCUCGCGAUAGCAGCUGCUACCACGGUGCUUGCGCAACAAUGCGCCGAUAUCAUUACCCCCAGCUACACAGCCCCUCAGGUCGCCGCUGGCUGGCAGGCACAGCUUGUUGCUAAUGGCUUCAAGAAGCCUAGGACAAUUCACGUCGAUAGCGAGGGUGCUCUGCUUGUCCUGGAUGCUGCCGUUGGUGUUUAUCGCGUCACAUUCAAGGACAAUGGCGGCACUUGUCUAUCGUUGAUUGAGAGCAAGCUUCUGGUCAACAACACAAGACUCACACACGGCAUGGCCUUUUCAGAAGAUGGUAAGACCCUGUACGCCUCCUCCGUCUCCCAAGUCCUCGCCUGGGCGUACGACGCAAAGGCCGGCACCGUCAACGCCGAGCCCGCCGUCGUCAUUGACAACAUGGCAAACAACGACCAGACCACUCGUACUCUGGUCAUGUCCAAGGCCUCAAGCAACUGGCUCGUCGUCUCCCGCGGCGUCGAUGAGAACUUCGAUAUCGAUGCCCUCGAUGCCAACAGCGGCCACGCUCAGGUCAAGGCCUUCGACCUGAGUAAGUCUGGCAACGACCCUUUUGACUUCAACACGGACGGCAAGCUUCUUGGCUGGGGUAUUCGCAACGCUGUUGCUGUCGCAGAGGACCCCGCUACCGGGAACGUCUGGGCCAUGGACAACUCGAUCGAUGAUAUCACGCGCAACGGCGUCGACAUCCAUGCCAACAACCCCGGUGAGGAGCUGAACUUGCUCGGUACCAUUACGAACGAGACCGACGCCGGUAACUACGGUUACCCGCGGUGCUUCGCCGUCUGGGAUACCAGCAUCCCGCUGAACAGCUCUCUCAACGUCGGUGAUCAGUUCUCCAUGGAGCAGAACUCGACCAUGAACGAUACCCGCUGCCACAAUGACUACAUCGCUCCCCGUUUGACCUUCCAAUCUCACUCGUCUCCCGUCUUCCUCAAGUUCAGCAACGACGGAUCAAAGGCCUUCAUGUCGUUCCGCGGUAGCUUCAAUCGCCCCGACCCUGUCGGAUACGCCCUCACCGCAGUCGACUUCUCCAACGGCGAGCCCGUCGCCAGCAGCGACUCGACCGACGCGCUCAAGAACAUCAUGUACAACAAGGACCUGAGCACUUGCCCCGAUCAGUGCUUCCGCCCAGUCGGACUCGCGUGGGACGCCAAGAACCGCCUGUUCAUGACCUCGGACGCCACGGGCGAAAUUUACAUCCUGCAGCAAAACGAUACUACGCCUACGUCAACGACACCUGGCACUAUUGUCACCGGCACCGCGUCUGCGACUGCCAAGCCUGAUGCUGCAAAUGGCUUUGCGCCUUCGCUUGGUCUUGGGUUCGCUGCGCUGAUGGCCACAACCUUCUGGUCUUUCUAG